AUGGCAGCAGCAGCUAGCUCCAAGGGGCGGGCGAUCGCUGGAAGCUUCGUCAGCCGCGUCCUGGCCGGCAAGGCCGCCUCCCCGAAGAGGGCCGUGCACGCCUCGGCGUACGACAAGAACCUGGAGGAGCAGGUGCGCCCGGCGUUCGUGCCGGACGAUGUGAUCGGCGGCGCCGGGAACCCCGACAAGUACUGGAGCCCCCACCCCAAGACCGGCGUGUUCGGCCCGGCGGCGGUGGACCCCAAGCUGGCCGCUGCUGGCGCGCCCGGACGCCGCCGCGAAUGCUGCGGGAGGCACGGUGCUGGACGAGAAGGUGUGGUUCCGCCCGCUCGAGGACGUCGAGAAGCCGCCCCCGGUCGCCUGAGCCGCGCGGCGCUGAGCGAGCCCACUGCUGAUAAGGAGAGCCUGGCGCUGAUACACCUAUCACUCUGCUCAGCUGGGCUUCCUGCUUAUCACUACGAUAUUAUACUACUACUAGUAGUGCUUGAUAGCAGUGUGGCUGUGCUAAUACCAGUAUUAUCAAUAUAA